AUGGUAAUCGAGACCACCGGGGGGUCGGGCACGUGCGCGUCGACCGGGUGCGUGACGGAUCUGAACCGGGCCUGCCCGGCGGAGCUCCGGUUCGGCGGGGGGGAGGCGUGCAGGAGCGCGUGCGAGGCAUUCGGGAGCCCGGAAUACUGCUGCAGCGGCGCGUUCAACUCACCUGCCGCUUGCCGGCCGUCGGUUUACUCGCAGAUGUUCAAGACGGCGUGCCCGAGGUCGUACAGCUACGCCUAUGAUGACCCCACCAGCACUUUCACUUGCUCCGGCGCGGAUUAUACGGUGACCUUUUGCCCCUCCAUGCCAAGCCAAAAAUCCUCAAAAGAUCCACCUACAACAGUGACACCACCAUCAGGGACCACUAAUAGUGAUGGAUCUCUAUCAGGAUCAGGCCCAAUUAAUAUGGGCGGGUCUGAAUCCGGACCCGGGUUAGGUUUUACCGGGUCGGGUCAAGAUCAAGAAUUCGGGUCAGGGUCUCAAGCAAUGAUGACAACAGAUGGAUCUUGGUUAGCUGGUUUAGCUAUGGGGGAGUCUAAUGUGGUUCACUGCACCUCAGCUUUGCAUUAUGCUGUCUUAUUUGCUGUUGCUGUUUUUAUAUUAUCAGAAUUUGUUUAG